UAUUAAUAAGUACUCAUACAAAUGAUUUAAUAUACAAUGAUGUACACAAAACCUAACUCACCCCUCAAUGCCACAUAUUGUUUUAAGUUUAAAAACUAAUUAUUUAGCCCAGUUGUAUAUUUAACGGAAACUGGGAUGAGUAGCGUCUUGGUCAUCGUCUGAACCAAAGUUAUGGACCGUAAACAGAAAGAAGCCCAAAAUAGCCCAACGGAAGGCAAUCUUUUGCUAACGGGAGUUCAUAAGAACCGGAAGUUGACACCGGAAGAAGAUUCAAACGAUGAAGGGUCUGCGCAAUGUCUGCUCAGCCCAGCCAGCUCUUCCUCUCCGCGUGAUGCCAAAAGAAAGGACCGCGCUGUUUCGUCGUCUUACAUCCCCAGACGAUCGUUUUACAAUGCGAGCCGGACCCGGUCGCUGACCCCGUAUCAAAGGGACGACGAUGAAGACGAUGUGUCCAGCGAUGGCCGGAGCAAACCAAACACGGAGGAGAUGAAUCUAGACGACAGUUCUUUCAUCGAAUUUUCUGAUCUGCAGUUGAAACUUCGAUCUCCCGUGCUAAGUCCUCGGCCGGACGCGUUUCAUGCUAGCAAUGUAAACAGCCCGUCUUUUUCUGGUUCCAGCAAGGAGGUCAAAAGGUCACUUUUCCCGUCGCCGUUUGCUACAGAUUUUAGCGCGGGAGUUGAUUAUCAACCGCUUGGUUUCUCGGACCAAACCGGUCAACAUAAUUCACCGGUCAAGCUUCAAGAUCAAAGCUCGCCCCAGCAGAAAGAGUCCAACCCAUUCCGCCAGCCACUAGACGUCGCUAGCAUUGGCGUCGAGUUUGUUGGUUCUGACCUUACAGGGAUCAACGAGGCAACUCCUAGGGUUGUAGUUACCAACCAGUUUGCUUCUGACGUAGCAUCCAGCAACCCGUUUCCUUCAGGGGUAGCAGCUACCAAUCCCCGUGUUUUCGAUCUAGCAGGUAGCAGCCAAUUUUUCCCUGAGGUAGCAGGCGCCAACCCGUUUACCUGUGAACUAGCAGGCACAAACGAGUUUCACCAGGGGACACUACCCUCCGAUCAGUUCGAGCUAUUCACGUUCUCGCCGCCAUCGUACGCCGCAAUAGAAGCAGGCGGAAGUUGUAAGCUGAACGACUUCACCGCAGGAGACGAGGCAUGCGCAGAUGGUGUUCUCAAGCAGACGCCACCGCCCAGGAUCGUCCUGCUACCGCCCGCAGCCCCUGCCCAGAUUACAUUGAAGAACGGCCCCAAUGUGAACAGACCACCGCUGCCUGCGUGCUUCAGUACAGCCAAAGGUUUCCGUUGGACCACUGACCAGGUGACCUCACCACUUGUCGCAGAGCAUCAGGUCCCUCCCCCGCCGUACUCCGAGUGUCUGGAGAAAACUUCCCCGCCGACUGGGGCCCCGACCCAGAUCAGCUUCAUCACGCUGGGCGCUGCCUAUGGCGACGAAGACCAGUACGACGUCUACAAAACGGCCCGGAAGCCGACCGUCAGCGAACCUGUAGCCGUCGAUUUCACCAAUUAUUCAAACUUUUUCCGUCCUACUAAUUUCAGUAGAAUUCAGGACACAGACACAAGUCAAAGUGUCCAGAACCCCAGGAGGAAUUUACCUGAGAACUCGGACCAUCAAGGCCUCGCCUUCAUCUCCUGUCUCUUCUGUUGGCCUGUGGGACUUGUGGCCAUUUACUACUCAAACAUGUGCCGUAUCCUGAACACUGAAGGUCAGUAUGAACAGGCCAAUGUGUACUCCAGACUGGCACUGAUAGCUUCAAUGACCGCGCUCGGAUCAGGCAUUAUUGCUUACAUGUUUAUGUUCAUUUAUGAAAAGAAUGUUUACUUUUAACCAGAGAAACUGCCUGAUCAAUUUUAUAAAAUGUUUAGUUUAAACUUAUAAAUCAGAGAAAGUGCCUGAUCAAUUCUAUAAAAUGUUUAGUUUAAACUUAUAAAUCAGAGAAACUGCCUGAUCAAUUCUAUAAAAUGUUUAAACUUAUAAAUCAGAUAAACUGCCUGAUCAAUUCUAUAAAAUGUUUAAAAUUGUAGCUUUUAAAAAAUAGAAAAAUUCCUUAUCAAUUCUAGGUCUAUAUUUUUUUAGUUUAAAUUUUUAAAUCAGUGAAACUGCCUGAUUAAUUUUAUAAAAUGUUUAAAAACCUCAUAAGGAAAAAAAAAUCAAUUUUUUUUAAUCACAAACUAUUUUUCCACAUAUGCUAAAACCAAUCAAAAGAUUACAUUCACAAUUCCAAUGUUAAAUUAUUUACAAUAAUUUUGUUUUCUUUGAUUUUUUUCUUUAAUUUUGCUGCCAAUAAAUCAAUUAGUGCUUAAGAAUGUAUUGCU